CCAGUCCACUUUACAGCAGUAGGACUUGUCUUCCUCGCUGCUGUCCAUCCAUCCAUUCAGCCAAAGUCUCGUGGCUUGAGCCGCCAGAAUGUCCUUCCUGGAUCAGCCAUGGUGUCCCACCAGCGUCCAGGUGACGGUCCUUCAAGCCCGCGGUUUGAGGGCGAAGGGCAAAGGCGGCACCAACGAUGCCUACGCGCUCAUGCAAGUGGGCAAGGAUAAGUACCAGACCUCCGUGGUAGAGAAGAGCGUGGCGCCGGUCUGGAAGGAGGAAGCCGCCUUCGAGCUGUCGCAGCACGGCGCGGGAGGGGAGAGAGCCACGCUGCAUGUCCACGUCCUUCACAGGGCUCUGGUGGGUCCGGACAAGCUGCUGGGCCAGGCCGUCAUCAACUUGCCGCAACUCAGUGAGGACAAGACCCGCAACAAGACCGAGUGGUUCAAGUUAUUGGACAAGACGGGCAAGGUGGACAAAGACAGAGGCGAGGUCCUUGUGGACAUCCAGUUUUUGAGGAACAACAUGACAGCCAGCAUGUUUGACCUCUCUGCCGCGGGCAAACCUCGAUCUCGCCUGGGCAAGCUGAAGGACAAAGUCCGGGGUAAGAAAAAAGAAUCGGAUCAGGCGGCGGCGCCGUCCUUCACGCAGGUUCUGACCGACAGCGAGGAAGAGGAGGAUGGCGGCCAGUCAGCUGCAGGCAAAGAGGAGAAGAAGAAGAAACACAAAUUGAAGUCUUUGUUUUCUCACAAGUCCAACCUGCAGAGGAACAUGUCACAGUCCAUGUCGGUGCUGCCUGCCAAGAACUCCUCACCGAGUGGCAGCAUGUCGUCUGGUCUUAAUGUCGAUGCCUUGGAAGGUAAAAAGAAGUUCAAGUUCAUGAAACAUAAACGCUCAGGCAGCUCCGACUGCAAAGAUCAAUUCAGUCAGAAACACUCCUCUUUCGACAAAAGCAACCUGUGCAUCAAUGGCAGCCAUGUUUACUGUGAGGAACCGCCGCCUCGCACAACUCGCAUCGGAUCCAACUUCAGUCUGGCCAGCUCAGGCCACGGGUCUAUGGAAGAUGUUCCGGAAAGCUCACCCCCUCCUGCAAUCAGGCAGUACACAACCUGGGAAGAGGAGGAGGAGGAUUUGGAAGAUGGGAACUCUAAGGAGGAGAUGGAGAGAGGAAAAAUGAUUGACAGGUUUGAAGAGGAGCAGAGGAUGAGACAUGAAAAGGAAGAAGAAGAAGAUCGGGAACAAUUAGACGAGGAAGAGGAGAGCAGGUUGAGAAAGGAGGACGAAGAGAGGAUGAGAAGAGAAGACGAACAGGAAAGACUAGCAGAAAACAGAAGACUGGAAGAAGAAGAACGGAGAAGGAAUGAAGAAAAGGCAAGGAUGGAGGAGCAAGAGAGAAUGAGAAGACAAGAGCUGGAAAGACUAGCAGAGGAAAAGAGAAGACUGGCAGAAGAAGAGAAAAGGAAUGAAGAGAAUGUAAGGAAGAAUGAAGAGAAAGCGAGGGAGGAUGAAGAAGAGAGAAGACGAGAAGAAGAGCUUGAAAGACGAGCAGAGGAAAAGAAGAGAAUGGAAGAAGAGGAGAGGAGAAGGAAUGAAGAAAAGGCGAGGGAGGAGGAGCAAGAGAGAAUGAAAAGACAAGAAGAGCUAGAAAGAGUAGCAGAGGAAAAGAGAAGACUGGAAGAAGAAGAGAAAAGGAAUGAAACGAUUGCAAAGAUGGAUGAAGUGAAAGCGAGGGAGGAUGAAGAGAGAAGACAAGCGCUUGAAAAACUAGCAGAGGAAAAGAAGAGAAUGGAAGAAGAGGAGAGGAGAAGGGAUGAAGAAAAGGCGAGGAAGGAGGAGCAAGAGAGGAUGAGAAGACAAGAAGAGCUGGAAAGAGUAGCAGAGGAGGUGAGAAGACUGCAGGAAGAGGAGAGGAAGAGGAAUGAAGAGAAGUUAAAGGAGGAAGAAAGGAUGAUGAAUGAAGAAAAGGCCAGGAAGGAGGAACAAGAGAGGAUGAAAAGACAAGAAGCAGAAGAGCAGGAAAGACUAGCAGAGGAAAAGAGGAGACAGGAAGAGGAUGAGAUGAGAAGAAAUGAAGAGAAGGCAAGAAAAGAGGAAGAGGAGAAGAUGAGGGAAGAAGAGCUGGAACGACUAGCAGAAGAGCAGAGGAGGGUGGAAGAAGAAGAGAGAAAAAGGAAUGAAGAGAAGGCGAGAAAGGAGGAAGAUGAGAGAAUCAAAAGACGAGAAAAAGAGCUAAGACGACUAUCGGAGGAAAUGAGGAGACAAGAGGAAGAAGAGAGGAUGAAGAGGGAAGAGGAGCAGGUGAGAAAGGAGGAAGAAAGGAUGAGGAAUGAAGAAAAGGUGAGGAAGGAGGAGCAAGAGGGAAUGAGGAGGCAAGAAGAAGAGCUAGAACGAUUAGCCGAGGAGAAGAGGCGACUGGAGGAAGAAGAGAAGGAAAGAAAGAAGGAAGAGGAGGAGAGGAUGAGAAGACAAGAAGAGCUUGAAAGAUUAGCAUUUGAGGAGAAACAGAUAUUGGAGGAAGCAGAAAAGCACCGAAGGGAGGAAGAGGAGAGGACUAGGAUGGAGGAGGAAAGGUUGAAGGAGGAAAAAAUGAAGCAAGAUGAAGCAGAGAAGAUUAGAAAACAGGAGGAACAACUUGCAGAAGAGAAGAAGAGACUGGAAGAAGAGGAGAGAAGGAUUGAGAAAGCUCGACAGGACGAACAAGAGACGAUGAGAAGACAAGCGGAACAACUUGAAGAAGAAAGGAGGAAAGAGGAAGAAGAGAGGAGAAAAAAGGAGGAAGAUGAGAGAUUAGCUGACGACGAGAAAAGGAAAAAGAUGGAGGAAGCAAGUAGAAGGGAAGAAGAUGAGAGGGUGAGGAAGGAAGAAAACGAGAGAAAGAGAAUGGAGCAACAAGAACAGAGACGAACUGAGGAGGAGGAAAGAAAUGGGAAAGAACAAGAGCGGAAACUGGAGGAGGAGGAGCACAAGAGAAAGGACAAAGACAUGGGGACGAGGAGACAGGAGGAACAAAAGAUGGAGAUGAUGGAGGACAGGAGGAGGAGAGAAACUGCUGAGAGUCUCACACACGUUCAUUCCACCAAUCCAUUUGAUGAAGAUGUUUCUAAUAAUGAUGACAUAAUUCCUAUCUUGUCUUCUGGGUCAAAGUGCAGCACACUGGAUACUGACACCGCCAUCUUGGAAAGCUAUCAAGUGGGAAGCAAAACCAUUUCCGUGGAUGAAAAGAAGCGACCAGCUCCUCAGCCUCCAUGUAGGACGCAAGGGGAGACACCUAAUCAAGGAGAGCAGGAUGGACCUAAACGUCAACUGGCGCCAAUUGCCAAGCAGAAUAAAGACAAGGAGGUGAAAACUGCCAGUGUCACACCUCAGAGCAGAUCUCUCACAGAUGCACAAGACAGCAUCAGUGGGACUUCGUCAGCAGCCAAACACACUAAGCGUCCAGCACCAUCAAUACCUAACCCAGAACCGAGGACCGUCCCGGUUAGUUUAAAUCCAUUUGAAGAUGAUGACUGUGACGAUGCAGCAUCCCCACAUGAUUAUAGUUCAGUGUCAUGGCCUCCACCUAUGUCGCAAACUUCCAAUCAAGCAUCUGAAACCAAAGUCAAAUCCUUCAAGUCCCGUGCACCCGCACCACCUGCAAAGACCCUUACUGCUAUACAAAGCACACCAAAUAAUAAACAGACCCCUAAGCACGCCCACACUGCACCUGAGAACGACCGAGCUUUGUCGCACCAGGAGAGUCUGCCAAAAGAAUGUGGACCAAAGCAGCCUGCAGGGAAUGAUGCAAGCGGGAAGAAGGAAGUGCCUCCUGCAGCAUUACGCAGACUUCAUCCUGUGAAACCCCUCACUACUCAGGAACAGCAUCCUGUUUCAGCCACUGAGGGAGAAACAGAUAAAAGCACACGACUUGUUGGUAAAGUUCAGGAGAAAACAAAGGUAAAAGAAAGUGGUGCAAAGGGGCCGUACUCCAUGCUCACCAAGGAUGAACUCAUCUCCCUGGUUGUAAAACAGGAGACCCAGCUGCAGGACAAGGAUAAAAAAAUAGCGGAGUUGGAGCAAUACAUCGACAAUUUACUUGUGCGUGUCAUGGAGGAGAAACCGAGCAUUCUCAUGUCACUGAAGAAAGUCGUCUAGGUGGAUUUUCAGCACCUGCACAUGAAUGUCAUACUAUACUGUACACAUGCAUAAAAGCAUCAGUUCCAAAGAUGCUAAUGAGUACAAAGACACUCUGCCUUUUUCUAAAUCGUAGUAACAUUCCAGAUAUUUUGCUAUGUUUAAGCAGUGCUGAUUUGAUGACAUGUUUAAUGAUACCACCAUUAAUUGCCGUUUAAAUUGUAAUUGUUUUUCAAUGUAAGAUUUGGCUUUUGGAUGUUUAAAACUAUGCAGCUUCUACAUACACACCUUCUUGCACUGAUUGUUAAAAGUUUACUUGAUGAUCUCUCAAAAAAAGCACUUUACUCGGUUUGCAGAAUUGCAAUUUUUACACUGAUGAAGUAUUAAACUAUGCAAAAACAAAAGCAAAGUGCCAAUGUAUUUAAUGUCCCUGUUACUAAAACUGAGUUUUUGUUGUUUUGCAUUGUUUAUUUGAUGCUAUAAAUGUACUACUGUUAAAACAACCU